CACUCCAUCCAUCCAAUCCUGCCCUUUCGUUUCAUACACGCGCUACGGCCUCGAAUGGCCACGCCACUUCAUUUUAACCCCCCCGCCAAGAAACCGUACGAUCCAUGCUUUACCAAUACCAACCCUAAUGUCAAACUCGUGAGCCGUUGAAAACACAAUCGGUCCAUCUUCUUUACCAACGUUGUAAUUUCUAAACAGUGCGCUGCCUGCUGAACCAGAAAAAAAUGCAGUCGAGUCAUCUGCUUCUGGAAGAGCCAAUCAGGAUGGCUUCAAUCCUGGAGCCAUCAAAGGCUAGUUUUUUCCCGGCAAUGACGAAGAUAGUGGGAACUUUAGGUCCAAGGUCUCGAUCCGUUGAGGUUCUUUCUGGUUGCCUUAAGGCUGGAAUGUCUGUGGCUAGGUUCGAUUUCUCGUGGCAUGACCCGGAGUAUCAUCAGGAAACAUUAGAGAAUUUAAAGGCAGCCGUUAAACUCACUAAAAAGCUUUGUGCGGUUAUGUUGGAUACUGUGGGCCCUGAGUUGCAGGUUGUUAAUAAAAGUGAGAAAGCGAUUUCACUUGAGGCAGAUGCUACCGUUAUUUUGACACCAGAUGAAGGACAGGAGGCAUCUUCCAACUUAUUGCCUAUCAAUUUUGAUGGCUUGUCAAAGGCAGUGAAGAAGGGAGACACUAUUUUUAUUGGUCAGUACCUAUUUACUGGGAGUGAAACCACAUCUGUAUGGCUGGAGGUUAGUGAGGUACAAGGAAAUGAUGUGGUUUGUGUGAUAAAGAACACUGCAACAUUAACUGGUGCAUUGUUCACUUUGCAUGCUUCUCAAAUUCGUAUUGAGUUGCCUACCCUCUCUGAUAAAGACAAGGAGGUUAUGAGCUCUUGGGGAGUUAAAAACAAAAUCGACUUCCUCUCUCUAUCAUACACGCGACAUGCAGAAGAUGUUCGUCAUGCUCGUGAGUUCCUUUCGAAGCAGGGUGACCUCUACCAGACACAAGUUUUUGCCAAGAUUGAGAACAUAGAGGGUUUAAACCAUUUUGAUGAGAUCCUACAAGAAGCAGAUGGUAUCAUCCUUUCUCGUGGAAAUUUGGGCAUUGAUCUCCCACCUGAGAAGGUGUUCUUGUUUCAAAAGGCUGCCCUCUACAAGUGUAACGUGGCUGGAAAGCCUGCAGUGGUCACUCGUGUUGUGGACAGUAUGACUGACAACUUGAGGCCAACUCGUGCUGAGGCAACUGAUGUUGCCAAUGCUGUUCUUGAUGGAAGUGAUGCUAUUCUUCUUGGUGCGGAGACCCUGCGUGGAUUGUACCCUGUUGAAACCAUUUCUACUGUUGGCAAAAUUUGUGCAGAGGCAGAGAAGGUUUUCAACCAAGACCUAUAUUUCAAGAAAACAGUAAAAUAUGUUGGAGAACCAAUGACCCAUUUGGAAUCCAUUGCUUCCUCUGCGGUAAGAGCAGCAAUUAAGGUAAAGGCAUCGGUUAUUAUAUGCUUCACAUCAUCAGGGAGAGCUGCAAGAUUGAUUGCAAAGUACAGGCCAACCAUGCCAGUUCUCUCAGUUGUUAUCCCUCGGCUUAAGACAAAUCAAUUGAAGUGGAGCUUCAGUGGGGCCUUUGAGAUGCAGUUAAUAAUGCCUUGCAGUAGUCAUCUGAAAGAAGAAUUUGUGGCAAGGCAAUCCCUGAUUGUGAGAGGUCUUUUCCCUAUGCUUGCUGAUCCUCGACAUCCUGCGGAGUCAACAAGUGCAACAAAUGAGUCAGUGUUGAAGGUAGCUCUUGACCAUGGGAAGGCUUCAGGAGUUGUAAAGCCACAUGAUCGAGUUGUGGUAUGCCAAAAGGUCGGAGAUGCAUCUGUGGUGAAGAUUAUCGAGCUUGAAGAUUAAAUGAAAUGAGAUAUUAUCGUCUCUUUUUCUCCUUGUUGGAUAUUUUUGCAGUGGGUGAAUUGGGGGGGGGGGGGUAGUGUUUUUGGUGGCAACUGCGAGCUAUUUUGCUCCAGGUUUUUGUGAACUGUGGAUUUGAGAUUGUAUAACACCCACGUCUACAAUCUGAAAUUUAUUCUAAACAUACCCCAAAUUAAUGUUUGUUUGCAUGAACAUCAUCCCCUUCAGUUCCAAAUUGAUGAAGGGAUUGGAUUUGUUUUCUUUUUUAAGCAACAAACUUUUGCUCGUGAA